AAGUUCGGGACCCCGGGGAGAGGCGCGGCCCGGGCCCGGGAGGGCGGCGGGGCGGACCCCAGCGCACCCCGCGCCGCGACCUUGGCCGCGGGGAGGGCCCGGCCCUGGCGGGGCAGACACCGCCCGCCAGAGGGGGCAGCGGCGACCAAGUUGCUCAACUUGGCGGCGCGGGCUCGGCGCCUGCUCCUCCUCCUCCCCGGCCUCCUUCCCUCCUCCUCCCCCCCUCCUCCCGGCGCGCCCAGCCCUCCCCGCAGCCCGCGCCGCCGAGCGGAGCCGCACGCGGAGCCGCAGCCGCCGGCGGACCGGACGGGACCGCACAGGCCGGCCGGGCGCGCCCCCGGGCCCCGCCGCCGGCAUGGGCGCGCUGGCCCGGGCGCUGCUGUGGCCGCUGCUGGCCCCGUGGCUGCUGCCCGCCGCCCCGGCGCUGCCCGCCGCGCCCCUCACGCUGCCCCUCCGCGUGGCCGCGCCCGCCCCCGGGCCCGGGCCCCCCGCCGCCGACGGGCUCGCCCUGGCUCUGGAGCCGGAGCCGGAGCCGGCCGGGGGCGCGGCCAGCUUCCUGGCCAUGGUGGACAACCUGCGGGGGGACUCGGGCCGCGGCUACUACCUGGAGGUGCUGAUCGGGACCCCCCCGCAGAAGCUGCAGAUUCUCGUGGACACCGGGAGCAGCAACUUUGCCGUGGCCGGCGCCCCGCAUCCGAACAUAGACUCCUACUUUGACAGCCAGAGGUCCAGCACGUACCACCCCAAGGGCUUUGAUGUCACCGUGAAGUACACGCAGGGCAGCUGGACGGGCGCCGUGGGGGAGGACCUGGUCACCAUCACCAAGGGCCUCAACGCUUCCUUCCUCGUCAACAUCGCCACCAUCUUCGAGUCGGAGAGUUUCUUCCUGCCGGGGAUCCAGUGGAACGGCAUCCUCGGGCUCGCCUACGGGGCCCUGGCCAAGCCGUCGAGCUCUCUGGAGACCUUCUUCGACUCCCUCGUGAGGCAAGCCGGGAUCCCCAACGUCUUCUCCAUGCAGAUGUGCGGGGCAGGACUGCCGGCGGCCGGAUCGGGUACCAACGGAGGUAGUCUUGUCCUGGGAGGAAUCGAACCGAGUCUGUACAAAGGAGACAUCUGGUAUACCCCGAUUAUGGAGGAGUGGUAUUAUCAGAUCGAAAUCCUAAAGUUGGAAGUCGGAGGCCAGAGCCUUAAUCUGGACUGCAGAGAGUAUAACGCGGACAAGGCCAUCGUGGACAGCGGCACCACCCUGCUGCGCCUGCCCCUGAAGGUGUUCAAUGCCGUGGUCGACGGUGUGGCCCGCGCGUCUCUGAUUCCAGAAUUCUCGGAUGGUUUCUGGACUGGAUCCCAGCUGGCAUGCUGGGCGAGUCCCGAAACACCUUGGUCUUACUUCCCGAAAAUCUCCAUCUACCUGAGAGACGAGAACUCCAGCAGAUCCUUCCGCCUCACUAUCCUGCCUCAGCUUUACAUUCAGCCCAUGAUGAGGGCUGGCCUGAAUUACGAGUGCUACCGAUUUGGCAUUUCACCGUCCACGAAUGCGCUGGUGAUUGGUGCUACCGUGAUGGAGGGCUUCUACGUGAUCUUUGACAGAGCUCGGAAGAGGGUGGGCUUCGCGGCAAGUCCCUGUGCAGCUUCUGAAAUGCCACCCGGCUCUUUUUAUAGCUGGGGACAUGCAGCCUCGGUGCUGUGCGGAUGGCAGCUUGUACACGGAGGCAUCGUGGGCUUGGCAGUCGUCACUGAAUUUCCUUUGCUGCAGGUUGAAAGUGGAUCAUCUGAAAUCGCAGGGACCCCGGUGUCUGAAAUUUCUGGGCCCUUCUCAACAGACGACAUAGCCAGCAACUGUGUCCCCACUCUGCCUUUGAACGAGCCCGUUUUGUGGAUCGUCUCCUAUACGCUCAUGAGCGUGUGUGGAAUCAUCCUUCUCACCUUAAUCAUCCUGCUGCUCCUCCCAUACCAGUGUCGGCGCGUGCCCCGGGACCCCGAGGCCGUCAACGAUGAGUCCUCCCUGGUCCGGCAUCGCUGGAAAUGAAGCGCAAAGCCUGGACCCCAGCAACCUUGAACUCGGCUACUCAGAGAAUUCAGUCCCAGGGGCAGCAAGCCGGGGGCACCAGGCCAGGCUGCUCCCCCAUGUUCAUUCCUCUUUAAAUCUCUCUUCUUGCUCCCAGAUGCCUUCCAGAUUCGCUGUAUUUUGAUUCUUGAUUUCUUAGCGCCCUCCUUCCGAGAAAAAAAAAAAUGAUAAUAAAAACCACCUCGUUCUAAACCAAAACAGAGUGAACCGGGCUUCAGACUCUUUGUGACUGGCAUCCCACACCGUCCUGAUGUGCCUCGAAACAAAAGCAAGCUGUGGCCAGCGUGCCUCGCUCCACUCCCGUCUCUGCAGAAGGGAGUGCAGAGUGUCUCUCUCUUCCCAGCUUCCAGAAGCUUUUCAUCCAUUGCAUUGCACGUAAGGGAGUUCUGCACCGGGCACCCACCAGCCCCGGGGGGUCCAAGAAGGGUCCCGAUACCAUGGCAGGAGAAGCAGUCUGGGGCCUGAUGAUAGGACCGUCGGCCCUUCUGAGUCGGAGAGGGCAGCAGGCCCUUCAUCUGGGCCUUUCUGGGCCCUGAGUGGAGAUCAGCACCCCCUGGUCCUCGCCAGCAUCUCUGCAGGUGGAAGGCCUUUGCCCAUCGCGAUGGAGGGAGCAGGAAGCCCGCGUUUUGUACUCAAGGCCUCGUAGUAUUGUUGGCGUGGGGGUGGAAGACAAAUGACUCUGCCCGGGGUCCUGACCCAGGUGUGGGUGCAGGAGGCUGGCUCCGAACCACACAGGCACCAGGCGCUUCUGCCACCACGCUGGCCUAUGGCUCCUAUGCUCAUCGUAAAGCCAGUAGGCGGCGUGUCAGUGAGAGAAAUGAUGUCUAUGGGCUUAGUGGUUCCUUCUCCCAAACCUCCUACACAGGUAGGUUGAUGGUGACCCUUCAGAGAAGUAAAAAGCGGUCACAUGCCUGCCCUUCCAACGGGCUCUCGAGGGAAGGAAGACCCAAGACAUGCCGAGGACUGGGAGGGACCUGCUGGCUGCUCCUGUGCUUGGAAACCACGCGCCUCCAUCUGCAGAACCCCUCGGACCCCAGCACACCCGCCUGCAUCCGCUUGGUUGAGCGGGUGACCCACACGCCUCUUCCCGUGGGCGCGUUCCGUCUUCGGUGCCCCGUUGGGGGCAGGGGUAUCUCUAUCUGGGGAAAGCCCCUCUUGCUAUCAUUUGAGGCCUUUGCCAAAGAAAAGCAGAAACCUGUAACUCAUGUAAUCAGCCUUAUGUGAUCGAUGUACCUGGGAGAAGGGCUCAAAGCCAGUGUCCCUUCUCUCUUGUCUGUGCCAAGGUCAAUGUUCACUCUGCAUUGCCGUUGCGAUGAGUUGGAUGUACAAUAAAAUCCCACUGGAAGGGCUAACGGUG